GUGUGGUCCCACCCCCUGCCCCAGGCACCGUCUAAGCCUUCGGGUCGGAUCCUCCAGAGUGACCAUCGCCAUGGAGUUCGACCUGGCUGCAGCCGUGGGCGCUGGUUCUAAGAAACCAGGGGGCACAGGUCAAGUGGGAGACCCCAAGCACUGUCCCCUUAAAGCUCCGGGCCAGCCAGGGGCAGGCGCUGCUCACAAAUCAAGGCAUGGCCAUGGCAGCUCCUCCGAUUCCAGCAGCAGCAGCAGCAGCAGCUCCAGCGACUCAGAGACGGAGGAACAGAAGCACACCACUGGCUGCAAGAAGCAUGAACGCUCCCCGGACAAGGCCAAGAAACCCAAGGUGAAGAAGGAAAAGAAAAAGGAGAAGAAGCCCCCCCACUGACUUAUUAAAACUUGCAGCCCGCCCCACUCCCCAGCGCCCCCUGCCGGUCAGGAGCGGAGGCCGUGCUGAGCCCAUCAGGUUUA